CGCGGGAACGGGGCCGAAGCGGUUCUGCUGCCUAGGGCCUGGCAGCAAGGGCCGAAACAUGGCUGCCCCUGUCCCUGCCCCCGUACCCAGCAGCGCCGGGAGGCUGGGCCAGGGCUAAGGCCGCGGGGGUGAAGCGAACUGCGAGGGCGGCCGCUUCCCGGCCCCACGGCAGAGCUGGGCGGGCGGCUGAGCCGCAGCCGGUUGCCCGGGCGAAGGCGACGCCACGCAGCAACGAACAAAAUGGCGGCGGGCGGCGGGGCUCGGCGGGGCGGGGGGCUGCCCGGGGUGCGGAGGGCGCCCGGCGGCCCCCUGCCGCCCGCCGCCGGGCCCGGCCUGCCGAGCGGAGAGCUGCCGAGCGGAGAGCUGCUCAGCGGAGAGCUGCUGGCCAAGGAGGCGGAGUACAAGAGACUGAAUGCAGAAUUAGAAGCAAAAACAGAAAAACUGAUGCAUCAGGCUGAAGAAGUAAUGAAAAGCCAACAGGAGAUGCUAUCUAGACCAGUUUCAGUACAGAGUAAGUCACGUGAAGACAACAGACAGAGGGUUCCACUCUGUCCUGAAGUUUCCUCUACACACUCACAUGCUGAGCUAGCAAACAUGAAGAAAUGUGCUUCCAUGCCCACGGCUCAGAACAGACCAUACUCUGGAAGUAAGGGGAAAAGAACAACUUCAAGUUCAAAUACAAGAAACCUGGAUGUACAAAGUGCUGAUGAUGUUGCAGUACUGGACGACUGCAUACAUUUUUCUUUAGCAAAAACAAUAAGCAAAACAGAAGAAAAACUAGAGAGAGAAGGCUUACCAGAUUGUCUAGAUGAUGAUGUUAUUCCAAACGCUGGAAAUGAAAUCAGAGCAGAACCUCAAAUCAGAUUUCUUAAGGCAAAGUUACGUGCUAUGCAGGAAGAGCUGGACAGUGUACUGUGCGAAUGCAGGAAGAAGGAUGAUGAAAAUCAGAGUUUAACAUCUCGGCUUAAAGCUACUGAAGAAGAAAACACCAGACUGCAACGAACAAUCAAUAUGCAACAUUCGCAGACUGAAAAGUACAAAAUGUUGUCACAAGAAGCAAAGAAAAAAAGUGAAGGGUUACAACAAGAGGUCAUUUCGCUAGAAAAGGAACUGGAGACUCUAAAGCGUGUCCAAAAGCAGGCUGCCAGCAGCCAGAGUGCAACAGAGGUUCGCUUAAACAGGGCCCUGGAAGAAGCAGAAAAGUAUAAAGUGGAGCUGAAUAGACUUAAACAAAGUGCCAAGGAUAUAGCUAGCCAAGAACUCAAAACCAUUGAAGAAUUAAAAGCAGAAAACAAGAAACUGCAGAAACAAAAAGGAGAGCUAAUAACAGGUUUUAAAAAGCAGCUGAAGUUAAUUGAUAUUUUAAAGAGACAAAAGGUGUUCUGUACACGUUCAGCUCUGCCAAGGUGCGGAUCUCUUCAUCUGCAAGCCAAAACAAAAAAAGAAAAAAAUCCAGUACCUAUCCUAGGUGUGAAUUUACCAGAUUGAAGGAGGGGAGUUGAUCUCCAUCCAUUCAUAAUUCCUGGAAUAACAAGAUGCAGAGUUGAUCUUGGGGAUUUACCCAACAGAAAGAGCACAAGCACAGGCUUUGACUGGCCUUUCUAGCCUUUACAGUUUAUUUUGAGAAUGAAAAAAAUACAGCAUUCGCUUGAAAUAGACUGUCUACAGAAGGUAGCUCACUGUCCUCUGGAACAGGAAUUCACUGAAAUGGGUGUCAAAGAGCAACAUUUCUGUUUGACUCUCAACCAAAACCAUAGUCUCAGAUAAACUUCACUAAAUACAUUUUAGAAAAAAAUAUGAAUACUGUAUCAGAGCUGCAGAUAGUAGAGGAAGCCACUUACCUUAUUAAAAAAGUGAUUUACUCUCAGAAGGAGGAUGCUGUUAGUUCUCCUUUCAGAACAGACAGUCAGAAGCAGUUGAGAGAGAAGGGUGCUCAGCAGGGCUGGGGGGGCAGCCAGAGCUCCCCUGUGCUCAGUCCCCCCACAGCUUCCCCCUGCUUUACACAAGCCUGUUGUGGAAUGAAUGAGGAAAACCUGAUUUGGCCUGUUAGUGUAGUGCCCGUGUGGCAGAUUCAGAUGCAGGCAGCAGGUAGUGCUGUGUGAAGGUGAGGAUGUGCUGCCGCGUGAAGAAUGAUACAGGAAAAAACAUCCCCCAAAGGUAUUAAAUAUCAGUAGUAGGACAAGUUGCAGCUGGCAGCAAAUGGUGCUGGUGUUCCAGCUGGUCUCUUCUGACCAUUCUCCGCUGCCUUGAGAGAAUUUAAUAUACAAUCUUAGUUUUAAAAGGGACUAAGGGAAGUUACUCUGAGCUUUACGGAGCUGGAGGGUACGUGAACUACAAUAUGCUUUGUUGUCUUGAAAUUACAACAUGUCUAUAUAUAAAACAAACCCACAUGACUCCCUGUAGGUGUGAAUUGUUUCCUGUUCUUCAAAGCAUAACCAUUUUAUUAAAACUUGCAGUAAAAAGUAUUUAGCUGGGGCACCUUCCUUUCCACUUGGCAUAGUGACGAGUAAAGAAAUGACACUGCGGUGAGGGCAUGAGGACAUGUGGCACAGCUGUGACCUUUGCUGUGACAUCAGCUGGAACCAGGGAGUUUUCAUUGGUAGUUCUCUGCAGAUACACUAACCAUUUCUUUAGUACUUGUUUUCUCAUCAAACCUUGAUAACCCUGAUGACAUUUUUCCAAGCAGUUGCAUCAUUUGAACAGAAAAUAGCCUUGUUAUACCUCAAAGUUCUUUGUUCCUUUCAGUGUUCCAUUUAAAACAAUGUGCUAUAUCCUAUAUGACGAAAAUACAAAUUCAGACUACUGUAUGAUUUUUAAAGAUAUACUUAUGUACAGGGGCUGUAUGUGUAUAUAUGUGCCAUUAUGGACCAUAGAUGUAUGGUGUGAUACAUGGCAACACAGCUACUACCCCUGGUCAGCUCCAGGUAUUUCUCAUUAAGGUGUAGCACAGUUACUCUUUGUCUUACACUAAUUAUUAAUUUAAUUAACACCAUGAUGUUAUAUUCUUUCAUUAAAAUGCUCAUUUAACAUCA